UUGCCGUGUUGCUGCGCCCGCCCGUAGCACGUCUGCAAUGUGCCUGGCGGUGAGGGGGCAAAACUCCGCCGGCCGCCGCCGGCACGCUGAACUAUCCUCUGCCGCCGACUGGCAGCCUUCUCGACUCCGGUCCCUUCGCCCCGCGGCGGGCUCGCCUCCUGCCGCGGCUGGGAGGCGGGGAGCGUGCUGUGAGUGGGAGCCGCCGUGUUUGGAAACAACGUGUCCGCGGCCCCAUUGGGUGCCGCCUGCAAAACACGGGGAGGAGAGGGCGGUCGCCGGCGGUGAGUGGCAGGAGGAGCCGCUGCCCGGCGCUGGCGGCGGGAGAAGUGGCUCUGCCGCAACGUCGGCUGCCUGUUCAAAGCGCCGAGGAGUAUGAGAAACGUGAAUCAAGCGUUGCCCUCCCCGGAGGAUGCGGCGGAGAGAAAAUGAGGCUGGCUGGCGGAGGCUUGAGCGGCAAAACGCUCGGCAGAAGACGGGAACAUCGAGUACAAGCUGAAGCUGGUGAACCCCUCGCAAUACCGCUUCGAGCACCUGGUGACGCAGAUGAAGUGGCGGCUGCAGGAAGGCCGAGGCGAGGCCGUCUAUCAGAUUGGUGUGGAGGACAACGGGCUGCUGGUGGGCCUCUCGGAGGAGGAGAUGCGUGCCUCGCUCAAGACUCUGCGCCGCAUGGCAGAGAAGGUUGGGGCCGACAUCACGGUACUGCGGGAGAGAGAGGUCGAUUAUGACAGUGACGUCCCAAGGAAGAUAACGGAGGUGCUCGUCCGGAAGGUGCCUGAUAACCAGCAGUUCUUAGACCUGCGAGUAGCUGUGCUGGGGAAUGUGGACUCAGGGAAGUCAACCCUGCUGGGUGUCCUGACACAAGGAGAGCUGGACAACGGUCGGGGCAGAGCUCGCCUCAACCUCUUCCGGCACCUCCACGAAAUCCAGUCAGGAAGAACGUCAAGCAUCAGCUUUGAGAUCCUCGGUUUCAACAGCAAAGGAGAGGUGGUAAAUUACAGUGACUCUCGAACAGCAGAAGAGAUCUGUGAGAGUUCUUCCAAGAUGAUUACUUUCAUUGACCUGGCUGGCCACCACAAGUAUCUGAAAACAACCAUCUUUGGCCUCACCAGCUACUGCCCAGACUUUGCCAUGCUGGUGGUUAGCGCCAACACUGGCAUCGCAGGCACAACGCGAGAGCACUUGGGCUUGGCCAUGGCCCUCAAGGUCCCCUUCUUCAUUGUCAUCAGCAAAGUUGAUUUGUGUUCAAAAGCCACGGUGGAACGGACAGUGAAGCAACUGGAGCGCAUCCUGAAGCAGCCAGGCUGCAACAAGCUCCCCCUUCUUGUGAACUCUGAUGACGACGCUGUGACAGCAGCACAGCAGUUUGCACAGUCUCCCAACAUCACCCCAAUCUUCACACUGUCCAGCGUUUCUGGAGAGAACCUGGAUCUCUUAAAAGUUUUCCUCAACAUCCUCCCUCCGCUGACCAACAGUAAAGAGCAGGAAGAACUAAUGCAGCAACUCACAGAGUUUCAGGUCGAUGAAAUUUAUACUGUGCCAGAGGUGGGGACUGUUGUGGGAGGAACUCUGUCAAGCGGGAUCUGCCGAGAAGGGGAGAGCCUGGUGGUGGGUCCCACGGACGACGGGAAGUUCCUGCGGCUGAAGGUGUGCAGCAUCCAGCGGAACCGCUCGGCAUGCCGCGUGCUGCGGGCCGGGCAGGCCGCCACGCUGGCCCUUGGGCCCUUUGACCGCUCCCUGCUUCGGAAGGGUAUGGUCAUGGUGAGCCCAGAAAUGAACCCCACCAUCUGCUCAGUGUUCGAAGCUGAGAUUGUGCUGCUGUUCCAUGCCACAACUUUCCGGAAGGGGUUCCAGGUGACGGUGCACGUGGGGAAUGUGCGACAGACUGCCAUUGUAGAGAAGAUCCAUGGAAAGGACAAGCUGCGGACAGGAGAGAAGGCAGUUGUCCGUUUCAGGUUCAUCAAGCACCCCGAAUACUUGAAGAUUGGAGCCAAGCUGCUUUUCCGUGAAGGAGUCACCAAAGGCAUUGGGCAUGUCACUGACCUCCAAGCCAUCACCACCAAAGAAAACGGCCUGGAGGAGUCCCUGGGGUCUGGGCAGCUGAACUUCUGACUACCACUAGAUCGGGGAGAUCUCUGCUUACCAGCAGCCACUGAGCAGGAUGGAUGCUCUCGUGGCUCUCUGAGUGGUGCCUGGAACUGCUGCUGUCCUCAUAUGGCCUGGGCAUCCCUCCUCCACACUGUGAGAUGGAGCCUGGGAGAGUUGCUGGCAUUCAGCUAAGCCACAUUGCCUGAAGGUCUCAUUGUCCUGCCCUUCUUCAGAAUAGAUCAGAGGCACCUGCAGACCCGGGCAGGCAAGUUCUGGCUUUGUUUACUGUUUGAAAAUUACUGGUUGGGAGGAGCAGAACCCUUGAAGACAAGCAGUGAAGGGAUGAUUUUCCAUCUAUGACACAAGAUCUGGUCCCAUUUCUGCUCUUUUAACACUGAGUUGAUAACAAUCCUCUCCUGAGUCGUCAUGCAGCACGUACCUCAGGGCAGAGGACAGCAGAGGUCCUGAUACCCACAGCAAGGGGUUGGUUGAACCUCUCAAAAUCCUUUCAGGACACUUUUUAACCGUUUUAAUCUUGGUUGGCUUUAAUCUGCUGUGUGUCCACUUGCGUGUUGGUUUUGCAUUACUCCAAUCUGAGUGUCUUACUGUUGGACAAGCAUCCUGUUGCCCUCACAUGUAUGCGCUGCUGCAGCAUCCCACGCUCUGCCUCCCAGGGAGCUGCGGCUGCUCCAGCCAAAGGUAGAGCCUGCACUUCCAUCUGGCGCUGGCAGCAGCAGGGCAGGAGGCCGUUCUGCGGAGGACAGGCUGUGUCACUAACACAGUACCAGUGGCUUCUGCUCUUUAGGUGUGAUUUGGCAGUGGUGUGAUCUUAUUUCUGUUGCUCCUCAAGAAAGACUCCUUUCCCUUGCCACUAGGGUUCAUUGUCAGAGGAAAGCAGUGCCCAGUGGCUGCCGUGUGUGAGUGCUGGCAGCCAGGAGGAUGCAGCAGGAGCUGUAUAGCUGUACAUAGGCUUCCGGGUUUACUGCUGACUGUUAGUCCAUAUGCAUCAGCUGUGAGCAACAGCCCUGUUGCAUGGCACAGUGGCCUGGCAGCCCUGAGCAAAGAGAAGGGUGAGGGCUUGUGAUAGCACUUGGACACUUGGAUGGCACUGCUGCCAUCCAGAGAGCACGUGGUGCUUCCGGGCUGCUGGUACUGAAACUGUACCUGAUGGGGAAACUGUGAUACACAAAGAGAUUCAGAGGCAGCUCAGGAGUGACAGGAGCAACCUCUCUUUUGGGAGAAGCACUGAUGCAGCUGAAGAUCUGCUUUUUUUUCCCCAUCAGCACAGUGUCAAGAUAGCAGCUGCUGGCUCUGGGUCACUGCUGAAGCAGGAUCCCUCUUUCUUCCCCUCCUGGCAGUGGUCUGAGUGUUACAGUGACAUGGUCUUUCACCCAUGCCUAGAAGAACGGGCCCCAGCCGCCAGCAAGCUCUUCCCUUGGUGCUAGUCUGUCACAAAGAAAGCUGCCUGUGGGGUAAGGGGAGACUUAAGCUGUUUGCAGCAGCCCUGCUGUUUUCUGCUCCAAAGUGGGCAUGGGGUGCCGUGACCUCUGAAAUAGCUGGUGGCUGGUCUCACUUCAUCCCUGCCAUCUGUGGCAUGACUGUUCUUGGUGCCAUGCUAUUCAUAAUUGAUGUUUUGUUGUCUUGAAUUUUUCUAGUGCUGGGGGUUGUCUCUCUUCCCCAAGCAUCUAUAUAUAAAUGUACAGAAUAAAGAUGUUUUGUUGA